AUGGGUUUCUAUUCUAGCCGCGAAAUUUCCGCUUUAGAGAAACCGAAGUAUCUCACAAAUGAAGCCGAAGCACCCAAGGGAGCUAUCAGAUACAUAAGUAUCGCACCUCCAAGCGCCCUGCAGUCUCUACAGAACAGUUUCCAGGAUUAUAUUCUGAAUUUCCCAAUACAAUUUCGAGCAAUAGCAUGCAUUGAUUGCCAGUUAUCAGACAAGAGCAAACCAGACUUAUCCAAAGUGAUCAGGAGAAGCCCUUCAGCAAUUCUGCAGCAAAUCUUCGAAGAUGAACUAGAUUCUCGACAUUCCCCUUCAAAUCGACACCCAGAUACAGAAUCUCCAAGUCAGCAUCAAGCUCAAGUACAAUACCAGCAUCGAUUUCGACCUCGCAAAAGUAUCACGUGGGACUCUUCCAUUGAGGUUAAAGAUCGUACUCAAGAAGAGCUAACCAAGUACGGCCGGACAGGUAUGGUCGAGGUGAAGGAGGAUUGGUGGAAAGAUCCAGAUCAGCUCAAAGCCUGCGAGUGUUUCCUCAGUACUGGGAAGUAUCUGGAUGCCCUUAUGGCUUUGCCGUGUGGAGAUGUGAAGAGGACCGUGAGUCUCCUCCCGCCGAAGAUUGUGAGAAUGAUUAUGGGUAUUAGUUCCCAGGUUGGGACGAUGGGGGAAUUGGCACCGGAAGAGUAUCGAGAUAGCACCGAUUCGUCUGAUGACGAGCCACUUCUAAUUUCGGAUAUCGGCGCUGACACUGGAGAUAGAAAUGAUGAUGCGAACAUCGAGAUCGCGAUUUGUGAUGUGGACGUCCAAGAAAUGGCUGCUCAUCGACGACUCCUGGCGGAGUAUCUCGACCGCCGACUGGACCGUCAUCUCUUCUGUCGCUAUUCGGGCAGACUGAAGCGACCAGCACGAUGUCCCAAACUCGAACUCCGCACUCAAGGCAUCGAAGUCAUAUACGCAAGUACUAAAAGCUGGGGACCAACCGCCCACAUCGUCAGCUUAGCGACACGGAGUGAUCGUCCUCUCAUCUCUCCCAUCCGCUUCUCCCAAGCCUACAUGGCUAUGAAGCUCUAUCGCCUCGGUGAUGAUUGCACAACCCAACUCGAGUUCCUCCAUGAUAUGCAUGGGCAGUGCCUCGAAAAUAUGGCGAAUCAUUAUGUUUCCACUAAACCUUUCAUCUCAGGAGAUCGCCUGCUCUUACGCUCCCAGUUCUGGAUCUACGCUCAUAAGCUUGAGCCGAAGUCCAAGGCCUAUGUCCAGAAUUUUCUGAACGGCAACUGGAUAGCACCGUACCGGCCAAAUGCCACAAUGACCUGGGCAUGUCGCCACAUCAACACAAAUCCCCAAAAAUACAUAUACGAUUUCAAACAUCCAGAAGAAGCAGCGAAACUUCGCCGCUGCGCAGAAUGUGCUUUUGAAUACCAAAUCGAUACCGUGAAAAGCAUCCCCGUAAGCUGGACAUCCGUCUCACCCCGGCCCAUCACGGAAGGUUUUUGCGCCGUCAUUACCGUAUGGCGAGAUUUUGGCCGAUGCCUUACACCAUAUGAUCCUCGCUGGGCAGCUCACUUCGCUGAGUACACUGAACCGACCUUUACAUCCAGGUUCCCAGCCCGGAACCAGCAAUUGCAUAACCCAGCCGAGGAAGAGCCCGCGAAUGAUUGGGAACUCGGCGGGAUCAUGCGAGCUUAUGAGGGAUGUGAUGAACUGAUUGAGACAGAGCGAUCGCUGCAUAGGGCUGUACUGAAGAUUUUCUUGUCGACGAAGGAGGAGAGGUUGGAGUUUGAAGAAAGGGAUGAGAGGAAGGAAAAACUCAAGGAAAUCGAGACGCAGAGGCAGCUGGAAGAGGAGGAUGAGAGCUAG